AUGCACAGCCUUGGCAAGCAGAAUCACAGCUAUGUGUCCGAGUUCAUUCUCAUGGGCUUCUCCAAUGACUCACAAGUCAGAAUAGCACUGUUCACUUUCUUCCUCCUCCUCUACCUUACCAUCCUUAUGGGCAAUGGACUCAUCAUCACUCUGAUCUACUGGGACUCACACCUCCACACGCCCAUGUACUUCUUUCUCAGUAACCUCUCUUUAGUGGACAUGAGCUAUGUCACCACUACUGUGCCCCAGAUGUUGGUUAACAUGGUGUGUCCAAGAAGAACUAUCUCUUGGGGAGCUUGUGUAGCCCAGAUGUUCAUCUUCUUAGUUCUGGGCAUUACUGAGUGUGUCCUCUAUGCCAUUAUGGCAUACGACAGGUACGUGGCUAUUUGCUUUCCCCUUCACUAUACCCUAUAUAUGAGUCGUCCCACUUGUAUAAAGAUGGUCACAGUUUGUUGGUCCAUCAGUAUAACUGGGGCCCUGAUCUACACUGUCUUCACCAUGCACCUGCCUUACUGUGGCCCCCACAAGAUAAACCACUUCUUCUGUGAGGUCCCUGCUGUAUUGAAGUUGGCCUGUGCAGACACAUCCUUCAAUGAUCAUUUGGAUUUCAUCUUAGGUUUCAUUCUGCUUCUGCUUCCACUGUCCCUCAUUCUGACCUCCUAAGUCUGCAUAUUUUUCUCCAUAUUAAGAAUCCAUUCAUCCAAGGGAAGGCUCAAAUGCUUGUCCACAUGUGCUUCCCACAUUACUGUAGUCAUUACAUUCUAUGGGCCAGCAAUGAUGAUGUACAUGAGACCUGGCUCCUGGUAUGACCCAGAGCAGGACAAGAAGCUGGCCUUGUUCUACAAUAUUGUCUCUGCCUUCCUCAAUCCCAUCAUCUACAGCCUCAGGAACAAGGAUGUAAAGGGAGCAUUUUUGAAAGUACUUGGAAACAGACACACAGGUCAGUGA